AAUUUAUUUGUCUAUUUUAAGUUAAUUUUCAGAAAUUAAAUUGUUUUUUUGAUGAACAUUUUGAUGUAAAUGAAUGUCAACAGUGUAAAUAAAACUUGAAAUUAUGAUGAAAAUUUACAAAAAGAUUUUUCAACCCAAGACCUACCUUUUUAGGGAGUUUCAAAAUAAAGUAUUCAAAUUAUCGCAGAUGAAAUUAUUUAAUAAGACAGUUAAAGUAACCCAAAUAUUCUCUGGCUUCUGGUUCUUAUGGCCUACAAGUGUAAGCAAGAACAAUUUAAAUGCUAUUAAAGAAGUAACCUUAAUUCCGUCCGUGACAGAAAUAGCUGACAAAAUGUUUGAAACGGGGAAAUAUGAAGAAAGUUACAAUAUGCUUAUAAAAUAUAAGAUUCAAAAUGAUGUAGAAAUCAAAUGGCGUAUUUGUCGUGCCUUAUACAAUAUGGCCAAGAAUUCUAAAUAUAACAAAAAAAUAAAAAAUGAAUUAAUUUUACAAGCCUAUAAUCUAUUAGUUGAAGAAUUAGAAACAAAUCCUGAUAAUUUUGCUGUUCAAAAAUGGUAUGCUCUUAUAUUAGAUGCCAAAAGCUCGAAUGAAGGUAUCCAGGAAAAAAUAGAACAACUUGAAAAUGUGAAGAAACACAUGGAUCUUGCUGUCACUCUAAAUCCAAAUGAUGCUAGUCUCUUGCAUAUGCUAGGUGAAUGGUGUUUUCAAAUAAGUGAAUUACCAUGGUAUCAAAGAAAAACGGCAGAUGCAGUUUUUGCACCAUUGCCUUAUUCUACAUAUGAAGAUGCUCUUGAGUAUUAUUUAAGAGCUGAGGCAGCCCAGCCAAGAUUCUACAGUGUUAAUCUUCUAAGACUUGGCUGUUGUUAUUUAAAACUCAAAAAAGAAGACCAAGCAAAGUAUUAUCUCAAAUUAGCUGCAAGUUACCCUGCAAAAUCUGAUGAUGAUCACCGCGCUAAUAAGGAAGCUGCAGAGUUAUUAAAGAAAUUAAAAUAACAUUUGUUUUAAUAUGUCUAACUGAUUUUUACCGGUUUUUUCAUAAUUCAUAAUUACUGAACAUUGGCAACCUUUACAAAUAGCCCGAAUAAAGCAA